AUGCUCAUCUGCCAACUGAUGUAUGGUAUUUCCCUAACGCUGACCCAGGUGCUGACAGGGCAGGCUGAGAUGCCCGCAGAAGGCAUGAUGUUGAUGCAGAACUCUGCGACCAAGCUGAGUUGCGAGGUGUUCGUCGGAAACAUCCCUCCGGAGACCCAAGCUCCUACCCUUCAGGAGUACCUAGGCGGUGCGCUGGUUCAGGUGGGUCUCUGCAAGCCGCCGAACCCCAUCCUGUCUAUCCGCAUGAACGCUCGCUUCGCGUUCUUGGAGAUGAGGACAGCGGAGGAAGCAACGGCGGCGCUUAACCUAGACGGCAUCCCCUUCGGGGGAGCGGCUCUCAGCGUCGGCCGUCCUAAGAAGUACGAGGGGCCGGUCACGCCUCACAAGACUUGGUUCGACGUCCUCGCGGAGUGCAGCUUCGGCCUCAUGGGAGGAGCCGGCCAGGGCGGCGCCGCAGAGGCGGAACCGGCCCCCACCUCUACCGUGGUUCGGAUAGGAAAUGUCGUGACUCCGGAAGAGCUCACAGACGAUGAGGCGCAAAAAGAGGUAGUGGAGGACAUGACGGAGGAGUGCUCCAAGUAUGGCGCCGUGGCGGGUAUCGAGAUUCCCCACGUCGGUGGGGCCGGCGCCGGGGUAGGCUUCGUGUUCGUCAAGUUCCACACUCUCGAGGACGCGCAGAAGGCGAAGAAGGGUUUCGGCUCCCGCACGUUCGACGGCAAGUCUGUCGACGCCACCUACUUCCCUGAGGAGCAAUUCGCCGCCAAGUCUUUCGCCUCGUGAUUCCGUAGACUCGACCCCCGUGUGGUUGUGUAUAGAGUCCGUGCACGUGGCAUGCUGUAGCGUCAUCUCUGGCGCGGUGGCUUUUACGGCAGGGUGGUUUGGUCCGUCUUGUGUUUCUUGUCGUUGCUGUCAUGUCACAUGUCAUACAAUCUCGGUUACCACUCUCGGUGUUAGAAGUUUCGGUUGUCUGUGGCGGUUUUGGGUGAAUAUUGAGAGCGAGAAGAGGGCAAAGGGCCGUGACUGUCAUUUCUUGCUGGGAUGAUGGUGGUAGCGCAGUUGUCAAGGAAAAAUAAUAGGGUUCCUAGCGGACACUCACCACGUCAUAGGCGACGUUGUUGUCAUUCAUGGCGACAAUCUGAUUGGCAGUGCACUAGGAUGGCGAUGGGGUCGGUCGUUUUUGGCACUUUUCUGUUCGUUUCUUUUGUUUUGUUUCGGUUUUUACGUUUUGCCAAAGCAGGACCCAGAACCAAUUUGGAGCGCACCAAGCCCAUGCAAAGGCUGACUGAUGCUCUCGUUCUUGUUGUUGCCUCCGUAUUCAACAAAUACGAUCUUCGCUGUCGCGGGCAUGGGUGGAUGUGUAGGGUAGGACCGGGGAUGUUUGGAUUGGCGUUAUGAAGUUCGUUUGUGAUGAGUGUGCAUGGACCGUUGGAGAGCGCAACCGGCGCAGCAGGAGCUCAACAGGUGGUUGCUCUUUUCAGUACCAUAUCAUUGUUAAUGGCGUUAUCAUCUCAGGGGUGGGAAGCAUGUAGCAGCUCAUGUAUAGAAGUUAUUGUUUUUGUGG